GCAAAGCCAACCGGAGUUCCUGGUCUACGUAACCUUGGCAAUACAUGCUACGCAAAUGCUCUGCUUCAGGGUCUGUCAAGUCUGCCUUCGAUGGUACGGUGGCUAAGCGAGAUAGACACGUCUAUGAGUGAUCUUCGAUAUGGAUUUCUGUACGAGUUGAAAGAUGUCGUGAUGAGAGUCGAACAUGAUCUUCACGAGUUACUAAACGUGUUUGCUACGACAUGGGAAGAAGAGUUGCAAGAAAUGAAGAAACGGCUACUUUCCUCAUCUUUGUUGCAGUUUAAUGAGACAGACGGCUUACCCGGAAACUGUGCUAGAAUAGGUGCUGGUUCGGGAUCGUCUGGAGACGCGCCUUUGUCGCCUAUCAGCCGAAAGGAACUUGUUUUCCAAAGAUGUGCCGAUAUCGUUCGAGUGGAGGCAAAGCUACGUGCUCCAUGCUUUGGUUUGACUGCAACUGAACUGCGCUGUUGCCAAAGUGAUUGUGGGUUUAAGAAACUGCGCUACGACACGUUUGGUGUAAUUUCGCUAACUAUUCCGAAGAUGUUCAUGGGAAUGUCAGUUACGAUUGAGGCGCUUCUGAGGAAGUACUUUUGUAUGGAGGUGAUUCGAGGAGCCACAUGUGAUCGGUGUAAGUCCCGCACAGGCAAACGCGACAGUGGACUUUUUAAGAAGCAAGGUUUCAGUAAGGUAAGUUGUAAGGAACUCAUUCUGUUUGAAAUCUUCAUUCAACUAAGCAUCGUAUAG